AUGCCAGAAAAUCACAACCUGUUGGAAAGUCAAGGUUGUACACUUCUUGGAAAUAUAGUCAAGGGCAAGAAGAAACUUCUUUGUCCAUCCAAUCAAGUCAAGCUGAGAUUGCUACACACUACUUCACCAAAGUGUAUGUUGAAUGGAACCUCAAUUGAUUUCUUAUCUAAGGAGCAGUCAACUGUUGAGACUGCUACUUAUGGUUCUGAGCCUGCAGCCACUCAAACCUGUGCCAAACAGAUCAUGGAUCUCCAACAAUCCUUGAGGUACCUUGGUGUGCCAAUCAGAGGUCAAAGCUACAUGUUUGGUGACAAUGAAUCUGUCAUGAACAGUUCUUCCCUACCUGAAGCUAAGCUACACAAUCAAGAUGUUGCAUUGUCAUUCCACCGUGUGAGAGAAGCAGUAGCAGCUAACAUGCUAUCUAUUAUCCACAUUGACAGUGCUCUCAACCCAGCUGAUAUUCUCAGCAAACAUUGGGGUCAUCAGCAAAUCUGGACACUACUACCGACUCUAAUGUUCUGGUCUGGAGAUACUGCUGAACAAGAGGACUAG